UCCUCUGCCGCAUAUUCUUUUAAUCCAAAGACAGCUCCCACUUCUUUAAUAAGUUCAUAAGUUUCUUUUUUUAAUUUAUUCCUAGAUCCAUAACGACUGUGCAAAUAAUUGUAAAAUUGGGAGCGGGAAAGUCCUCCUGUGUUGCUAACAAGUGUUGCUUGUAAUGCAAAGAAAAGGCAAUGAUUUUUGCCAUCGAUAUUAUCGACCUAAAGAAUAUUUUCUAUUUAAAAUCUUUUUACGACCAUACCUUAAUCAAACAUUGUUGAUUAAUCCUGUGGUGUGUAGAAGCAUUUUUACGACCUCCAAGAAUUUUUUGUCUUUCAGGCAUAUUUUUUGUGUCAAGUGUUGUUACAAUUACAUCAAAUGGUUUACCCCACAACGUUAUCCCUUGUUGUUUUUUGCUUUGGCCUACUUUUAGAAAUUGAUUUAAAAUUGAAUCGAUAGUAUUGUCGUUAAUCUGUCUAAUAGGAAUCCAUACAUCUGGGUCAAGUAAUUCGCUGCUUAUGACACACCCCAGUUGGUCGGCUUCGUAACCCUUUUCACG